UGGCCCGUGAGGGGCGGAGCUCUGUGACGCACACCAUGACGGUUUCCAGGGCUAUAAAAGGCCCCACCGGCUCAUGGAUUUCAGGAGCCGCCGGCGAGGGGUCAACGAGGAAGCUCUAUAAAUCCUAGCCGGAAAGAAGUUGAGGUUACAGACAUCCUGCCAAAAUGAUUUCUUCCAAAUCCAGACUUGUCGUGCCCUAUGGCCUCAAGACUCUGCUUGAGGGAAUUAGCAGAGCUGUUCUCAAAACCAAUCCAUCAAACAUCACCCAGUUUGCAGCAGUUUAUUUUAAAGAACUUACAAUGUUUAGAGAAGGGAAUACGUCUCUGGAUAUAAAAGACCUGGUUAAACAAUUCCAUCAGGUGAAAGUAGAGAAAUGGUCAGAAGGAGCGACACUGGAGAAGAAACUAGAACGCAUAAAAGAAUCCAAAGGAACAUCUGUGGUCUUCCAAGAACCUACACGGAUGGAAAAAUGCACAGACACAGAGGAGGACAGUGUUGCUGGACUGCAAUUCAUCAACAAAACCACCCAGUUUCCGUUAGACCGUGCCGAGUACCUGCAGCCUGAAGAUACGGCUGAAGCAGUUCCAGGUCCUCCUUCCAAACCAGCCACCCCCAAGGCUACCACCCCACCCCCGUCGCCCUCUCCAGCACCCGUCUCGGCAGAGUUCACUUAUGUCCCCGCCGACCCGGCUCAGUUUGCCGCUCAGAUGCUAGGUAAUGUUGCAUCUACUCAUUCUCAUGAAUCUGAUGUGUUAAUGGUGGACACGGCAACCAGUAUGCCUGUUUUUAUCGAGGAGGAGGUACUGAGCUCAGAGGUUGCUGAAGAAGUGGUGGCCGCCCCUCUAGGGUGCCCCGGAGAGGUGCAGGUUGUAAGCCAAGCAUCUGUGCAGGUAGAUGUGGGUCCUAAACCUAAAGACCAUAAGGCUGAACCAUCCACGGCUUCCUCAGUCCCCUUGCAGAACGAACAACACCCUCCUGUUUAUGAUCAAGCUCCUAAGGCCCCUUUGCAGGCUGACACGCAGGUCACAUCAGUCCUCCGUAUAUCAUCUAUGUAUAAUAAUGCGCCUGUCACUGAAGGAGUUGUCUGUGUUGAGCAAAUGCCAGGACACAUAGUCGUCCCUGUUCCUGAAAAGGAGCAGUCACCACCAGGUAGUCCCAAACUUGUAGUAUACGAGAUGGCAUCAGGCAUGUGCAAAAAGUCUGUAGAGUCUGUAAAGCUUGCAGAGGUGGAGGAGACUACAAAUUACCAGCCCUUAGUCCAUGUGGAGGUAGAAGCUGUAGUACUGCUCUCUGACGCCCAUUUGCAAGGUCAGCCGGAGGUACCUGCAGAACCCCUGGAUGCAGAGGACCUUAUCGAAACAGGUCCCGAAAAGUUUCUGCACCUUGAAGUGGAGAUCGUGUCUGUAGACCUUGACAAACCCGGGCAGGAGGAGCCACCCCGAGAGACGGAGGGCGAAGCGUUGCCCCCAGGGGCGGCUGCAGCAGUGCACACAGGUGCAGCUGCGAGAUCAUCUAGUAGCCCCUUCCCUCCGGUGCUAGAAGGCCUCACUGAGCCAGAAAUCGAACCAGAAGGGGAAGCAGCACCUGAACAGGUUUAGUGAGGCCAGCAAUAGCAACAAGCGAAGCAGGACAACCACCACCAUAUUCUAACAACAUGUGGACUCUUUAUUGUCUAACUGAUAUGA